AUGACAGGUAGCCGAGCGAGUGCCGAGCCUACACAUCCUGGGAAGCUGGUCGACGUAGAAACACUAGAGAAGAACAUCGAAUCCGAACUUGAAAGCGCUUACAACUGGACUUACGAGAAUGGACGUCGAUACGCCUCGACCGAACUCGGGAAAUACUAUAUGCCCAACGAUGAACCCGAGAUUCAAAGACUGAAUGAACAGCAUUGGAUCCUCACUCAAGUCAAAGGCGGCACUCUACAUUUCGCACCUCUUCCAGACAAGCACGGACUAAAGAUCCUCGACAUCGGAUGUGGCAGCGGCAUAUGGUGUCUCCAAAUGGCCGAGGACUAUCCUUCUGCUUUCAUCAUUGGCAUGGACGUCAGCCCGGUCCAACCAAAGAACAAGCCGGCAAAUGUCGAGUGGAUCACUCAGGACAUGGAAUCUGAAUGGCGUUACCCGGAGGAUUACUUCGACCUUAUUCAUCUUAGCCUGGUGCAUGGAUGCGUGGCGGACUGGAACCAGAUGAUGUCCAAGAUCUUGAAGCAUCUAGCCCCAGGAGGUUGGGUCGAGCAUCAGGAAUUUUCGCUUUGCCAUCAAUAUCUCGUGGACGAGGAUGACAAACCGCUACCGAUGUCCGAGAACAUCGAUGAGCUACGACCAGUCUUCAAAUGGAACCGUCUGCUCGAUCAAGCGGCUACAAAGCGAGGCCGUCCGAUCCAACUCGGACCGCAUCUGAAAACAUUCCAAGAAGAAGCCGGCCUCACUCAAGUGAACGAACAAGUGUUCGCGCACAAAUACGGCACAUGGCCCUCGGACCCGACAGAGCGCUCGUUAGGCGCGAGAACUAUGCUUUCGGCGAUAUCAGGGAUGGAAGGGUUCACGACCAUACUCUUCACGAAAGUCCUGGGCUGGAAUCUGGAAGAUACGAAGACCUUUAUUGGCGAGGUCAAGCGAGAUAUGAGAGACGACAGCUUGAGGAAAGUGAUGGAUUUGCAUGUGACGUAUGGCCAGAAGCAGAAACCUGGUCAUCUUGCUGGUAAAUCGAGAGGUGUGCAGAGACCUGCACGGCAAGCCUCAGAGCCUAGAAGUCGAUAUCUGGAGUUGGGAAUAGGGGUCUUGGUUGGUGCCGCGGCUGCGUCUUUGGUGACUGCGUGGUUCAUGAGGCGACGAUGA